GAACCCAGGAGGCGGAGGUUGCGGUGAACUGAGAUCGUGCCACUGCAUUCCAUCAUGGGUGACGGAACAAGACUCUGUCUCAAAAAAAAAUUGUAUGGGAUUUCUAAAAUUCUAAUAUGCCUGAGUAUAUGCUACCAAUCACAAUUAUAGUUAUUAUGUAAAGUUAUGGUACACCACAGAAAUAACCAAAUUUUCUUGUGUGAAACUGCUAACCCAAGUAAAACAAAACAUUAAUUAAACCCAGGAAAAUACUCUGUCAGAUUUUCAUAUUAAACCAGCCACUAAUGAAAUUGUUUAGAUAUACAAUUUGAACUCCACAGUCUAAGUCAAAUUACCUAUGAUAACCAUUAGUUAUCAGUGCUAUGAACCUAAAUUGGAGAAACGGCUGGUAUUCAAGAUGACGUAAGUCCAAUAUUAAGCAUAGACUCAUGAAGAACCAGGAAGGCUGUCUUGUCCUUCCUGAGCCUUUAAAGCUUUUGUUAUUAAAGGUUCUGCAUUCCAUGACUUAUCAUGGAAAAGAUAAAAUGAUCCAAAUUGAAUAUAUUGACAUAGUGACUUAUCAAUUGUGAAAAUGUAGUUUAAAACCAAUGUUUGGUUCCAUAUUCCUGGGAAGACAAUCAAACCUUUGUGUACAUUUGGCUAUCCAAUGGGUCAUUUAAAUAUUUAUAAAGGGAAUUCAUUUAAUCGUCAUUUUCAAUGCAUGUUUUAUGUUAUUACAAUUAUUAUGCCACAGUAUAUUUUCAGUACAUAAAGAAGGUUUUUAUGGUUCACUGAGGACAAUCAACCCCUUCACAAUCUAGAACCUGAAGACUGGAUCUUCUGAGAACAUCAGAGAAAGACUGUCCUUGUCAUCCAUACUGCAACAAAACUUUGGAACCUUGAACCUUGGGUUCAUAGUCUCACAACUGAGAAGGGUCCCUCCACACUUUUGGAACUGUACAACCAUUGGAACCCUUAAGGUAAAACUAACCAGGAGAGUUUCUCCCCAGAAGAAGAUGGCAUCCUUGAUGUGAACAGCUUUUCCCGAGAUCAUGGAUCAAGACUUCUACUAUCAUGACUCCAGAAUUGAUGAUAAAAGCAUGUAGCUUUUAUACUGGACAUUUAGUAAAGACUCAUUUUGGAUAUGGUAUUGCGGAUACAACGGAUCAUCUAUUGUCACAAGCUAACCAUUAUUCUAACAAAAUGGCGGAAUAGAGCAAGAUAUAAGAAUAAAAAGAAAGAAGAUGAGCUGAUAUCAAAACAUGAGCUUCAAUUGAAAAAAUGGAGAAAUAGGUUACUACUCAAAGGAGCUUCUGCAGGAAAAUCCAAUCUUCCUGAACAAAGUUCUUCUGAAGUCUGUCUUGUAGGUGAGACUCCAGAAUGUGACAUUUCACAGUUACCUGAAAGAGCAAUAUUGCAGAUUUUCUUCUACCUCAGUUUAAAAGAUGUUAUAAUAUGUGGUCAAGUUAAUCGUGCCUGGAUGUUGAUGACACAGCUAAGCUCACUGUGGAAUGCUAUUGAUUUUUCCACAGUGAAACAUGUGAUUCCAGAUAAAUAUAUAGUGUCUACUUUGCAAAGGUGGCGUUUAAAUGUACUGCGUUUGAAUUUUCGUGGUUGUCUUCUCCGACCCAGAACUUUCAGAUCUGCCAGCCACUGUAGGAACUUGCAAGAGUUGAAUGUCUCUGACUGCCCAACAUUCACAGAUGAAUCAAUGAGACACAUUUCUGAGGGCUGUCCAGGGGUCCUGUAUCUCAAUCUGUCUAACACAACUAUCACCAACAGGACAAUGCGACUCCUGCCGAGGCACUUCCACAACUUACAGAAUCUUAGUUUGGCUUAUUGCAGAAGGUUCACAGACAAAGGCUUACAGUACCUGAACUUGGGGAAUGGAUGCCACAAGCUCAUCUAUCUGGACCUCUCCGGCUGCACCCAGAUUUCAGUCCAAGGCUUCAGGUACAUUGCAAACAGCUGCACUGGAAUUCUUCAUCUUACCAUUAAUGACAUGCCAACUCUGACGGACAACUGUAUAAAGGCUUUAGUUGAAAAGUGCUCUCAUAUUACAUCGAUGGUUUUCACUGGUGCACCGCAUAUCUCUGAUUGUACUUUCAAAGCUCUGUCUACUUGUAAACUCAGAAAGAUCCGAUUCGAAGGAAAUAAGAGGAUUACUGAUGCAUCCUUCAAAUUUAUAGACAAGAAUUAUCCAAAUCUCAGUCACAUUUACAUGGCUGACUGCAAGGGAAUAACAGACAGCAGCCUCAGGUCACUUUCACCUUUGAAGCAAUUGACUGUGUUAAAUUUGGCAAAUUGUGUAAGAAUUGGUGAUGUGGGACUAAGGCAAUUUCUUGAUGGUCCUGCAAGUGUAAGGAUAAGAGAGCUAAAUUUAAGCAACUGUGUGCAGCUAAGCGAUGUCUCUGUUAUGAAACUAUCUGAGCGCUGCCCUAAUUUAAACUACUUGAGUUUACGAAAUUGUGAACAUUUGACCGCCCAAGGAAUUGCAUAUAUUGUAAACAUCUUUUCGUUAGUAUCAAUAGAUCUCUCUGGAACAGAUAUCUCUAAUGAGGCUUUGAAUGUACUUUCCAGACAUAAAAACUUGAAGGAACUUUCUGUAUCUGCAUGUUAUAGAAUCACUGAUGAUGGAAUUCAGGCAUUCUGCAAAAGCUCACUGAUGUUGGAACGUUUGGAUGUCUCUUAUUGCUCCCAGCUGUCAGAUAUGAUUAUCAAAGCAUUGGCCAUUUACUGCAUUAACCUCACGUCUCUCAGCAUUGCUGGCUGUCCAAAGAUUACUGACUCAGCGAUGGAGAUAUUAUCAGCAAAAUGCCAUUACCUGCACAUUUUGGAUAUCUCUGGUUGUGUCUUGCUUACUGACCAAAUCCUUGAGGACCUUCAGAUAGGCUGCAAACAACUCCGGAUCCUUAAGAUGCAAUACUGCACAAAUAUUUCCAAGAAUGCAGCUGAAAGAAUGUCAUCUAAAGUUCAGCAGCAGGAAUACAACUCUAAUGACCCUCCACAUUGGUUUGGUUAUGAUAGGGCAGGAAACCCUCUUACACAGCCUGACAACAUAACAUCAUCUAAAGGAAGCUUAGAAUUAACAGUGGAAAAGUCAACAUACAGCAGUGAAGAGGAAGUAGCGUGACUUUCAGCCUCAAGCAGGAAGAACAAAAAAUGUAGAACUCGGCAAGUUUUCUCCAUUUGUUGCAAGUAUGUGUACUAGCUGAAUCUCAAUAACAAUGUAAACAAGCAACAAACCAUCUUCUGAUUCUUAUUCCAACUAUAAAUGUUUCCAAAUACAUCAGUAGUUCUUCUGUCUAAAUAAUCAUGAUUUUUAAAAGAAGCCAAAUCAAGUACUGACUACAUAAAAUUUCUGCCUAAAUUUAAUCAAACCAAUAGUUUUGAUGAGAUUAUAAAACCUAAAGUUAUAGUUAUAUGAAACAACCCUGAGAAAUGAGACCUUUUUGACAAGAAAUUAAGAAAUUUUUCUUUAGAAUGGAAAAAGAUGGAGAUGGCCAUUAUGUCAAACUAAGAGUUUGGGCCAGGGCAAUAACUUGAAGGACCUGUGAUGUUUUAUAAAGCUUUAUAAAGAAUACAGACAUACAUUAAUAUUUUCAAAGGAAUGGGGCUUUCCUGUGGUUUCCAGAUAAUAACAAAAGAGAACUAAAUGCCACCAAUUAACUCUGGACUUAUCUCAACAUUUGACUUAGCAGUCAGGGGCAAAUUAAAUAGAAACAAGAAUAUCUGAAUAGAAAGAAUGUCCCUGCAAUGUCUCAGAAAGAUAUCUCUUUAAUCAAAUUUGAACCAUGGAGGAAUUCUUAAAACUAUGCUAUGCCAAAAAAGAUGCUCCCUCAAUUUUAUGCUAGUAAGGGUUAUUAAUUGCAUAUCUACAUAUUAAAUUUUACUAAGCUUUAAUCUGUGGGUUUUUACUAUUAGUUGAUAUUAUAUAACACUGAUGUUGACACAGUCCAGGAGAAAGCACAACUCUGUUUUGACUGCCACAAACAAGCUGUGUCAGUAAUAGCAGAUCAGUCUUAACCUUUCUGUUUCCUCAAUUACUUAUCUCUCACAUGGAUUUAAUUAUCUUUUUGUUUCCCACAAAUUUCAAAUAAGGAUUAAAAACUUAAGAUAAAGCAUUAUUAUUUUGAAAAG